CAAACACUAUUAUAACAUGAAACAUAAAACAAGCGUCUCAAUGUGCGUUAUUAGGCGGUGCAUGUAGUAAAUAUUUCGCGAAAAAAUAGUCCGAUGGUUGCGGAAAGAGGAAGUUUUUAGCUGAAACAGGAAGUUUUGUUGUUGCAAGAAAACAAGUUAUGGACAUCAUGGCGGUCUUAUAUUUUUGUGUUUUGGGAUUUUUAAUGAUGUAUGUGGAUGCCGACUUUGUAAACCUGAUGGAGAUAGACAGAGGGUUGGACGUUGAAACCCCUCAUGAACCUUACAAGUGGCACUCGUUCCAAGACUCACAGUUUCUGUGGUCGCUGUGUAAUAAAACAGCCGUCCCCGUGGUCGUCACGUCCCUACAUAUCGAGCCCGACCCCAUACAGUUCGGCCAUAACAUAUCGUUCUCCGGGCAGAUUGAUGUUUUCGAAGAUGUUGGUACCACCAAGACACUUGAGGAUUGACGUUAAACGGGGAUCCCGUGUGGCAGUGCUAUAUACUGGUGCAUGUUUAAGAACCAUGGCUCACCUGAAGGUCAUGAUGAAGCUUGAUACCCAGUGGUUCGACGUCUGUGUCUACAAGCCAGAGUAUUGCAACAUCAACGAUGUUUGUGACACAAUGAAACUAGUUGUGAGCGACAAAUGUCCGCCGUUUUUGAAACGUUUCUGUCAGUGUCCAUUUAAAAAGGGUAAUUACCCUAUCCCAACGCUUACCAAGAUGGUUCCCAAUCCACCAAUCACGGUAUCCGGGCGGUUUGACAUCACCAUGACACUGACGGAAUCUCAGAAAGAAAUCGGCUGCCUCAACGUCCAGCUCUGCCUUGGACAAUGCUAGCCAGGUGAAGAGGGACAGUCAUCGAAAUAUCCAUCACAGAUGAAGACUUUAGUUGUCAGUGAUAAACAUUAAGAUAUAAUCUCAAAACUGUGCGAUGUAAGAAUGGUAAAGGAAGCCAUAUGGGAACGUGUAAUGGCUGUAGUUUAACUGUAAUUGACAUCCAUAUAAUGUGUAUCGAAAUGUAUGAUAUUGAAUCUCUUAUGUCUAUUUCAUGUUUAGUUCUCCUGUUAUUACCAUCACCAUGUUUUUUUUAACAUUUUUUAAUAAAAAACAAACAGACGAA